AUGGCCGAUACGCGCACUGAUCUAUCUAAGGCGACGAAGACGAAGGUUGGAGGAGCCUUCAGACAGAUCCUGACCUGGGAGAUCCAACCCAGGCCGAAGCCCAGGACCUUCGCAGAAGCGGAGGUAAUGGGUAGGGUGGAUGCUCAGGCUCGUGCUAGGCAGCAGGCGGAGGCGGAUGCCAGGGCGGGGCCUUUUGGCCAAGCCUGGCCGGAAGCGGAUGCCCAAGCUCAGGUGAGGGCCCGUGAUGCUGAACUCCAGCGUCAGGCUGAACUCCAGCUUCAGGGUGAGUUCCAGCGUCAGGCGGAGCUCCAGCGUCAGGCAAAGGCCAUGGAGAAAAUGAAGGCAGCACGUGCUCGGGCACAGGCAGAAGCGGAGGCGAGGGCUCGGGCUUUUGCUCAUGCCCAAGCGGACGCGGAAGCGCAAGCUCUGGCGCGGGCCCGUGAUGUGAAGGCACAGGCGAGGUCUUUAGCCCAAGCCCAAGCCGACGCGGAGGUAGCUUGGGCACAGGCGGCAGCGGAAGCGCAGGCGAGGGCUGUUGCCCAAGCGCAAGCGGAAGCAGCGGCCAAGGCUCAGGCAUGGGCCAAUGAAAUGAACCUCCAGAAAGAGGCAGUAGCCAAGGCUCAGGCGGCCACCAAGGCUCGUGCUCGCGCACAGGCCGAUGAGGAGGCCCGCCAGAAGCAGGCACAGGCGGAAGCUGAGGCUCGUGAACGAGUUCAGGCGGAAGCGGAUGUGAAGGCGAGGGCUUUUGCCCAAGCCCAAGCGGAAGUCGAUGCCAAAGCUCGGGAACUUGCCGGUGAUGCGGACAAGCAGAGGCUGGCACAGACCACAACUGAGGCAAUUGCGAAAGCAAAUGCCGACGCUCAGGCUCAGGCACAAGCCAGAGCCCAGGCGGAGCAGAAGAACGCCCGGCUUCUAGCAAAGAAGCGGGCAAAAGCUGUGGCUAUCGCGCAAGCGAAGGCCCAGGCUCUGGCCCAAGCUCAGGCGCAAGCCAAAGCUCAGGCUCAGGCCCAGGUCUCGGCUCAGGCGAAAGCCCAAGCCGAGACUCCGGCGCAACUUGCGCCGAUUACUUCUGCUCCUGGGCCAGCACCUACCCCUGUCCAGCCACAGCCACUGCAGGCUGAGUCUCAGAGGGAACAGUCGCCGGUACCGGGGCCAGUGAUCUCGUCCGCGCCUCCAACGAUCGUCGCCCAGACCGAGCAGCAGCGUCAGCAGCAGUUCGAGACGGGUCUGAGGAUCUACGAGGAGCGGCAGGUCCAAGCGCUGCGACGGUACGAAGAACUGCAGCGGCAGUCGCAGCAGCAGCCGGAAGCCAGCAGCACCCCUCUGAUGACGUUGCGGCAGCAACUUCUGCAGGAGUACCAGCUCCAUGAGCGGGAGUACGAGCGUAUUGUUUCAUUUCAAUACGCCUACCUGUCGGAGGUACUAGCUGUGGUCAACAUGCAGAGCGAGGCUGACCUGCUGGAGACGUAUCAGAGGUUGGUCUGGCAGGCUCAGCAGCAGCCUGAGUUGCUUCGCAUGGGCGGGGUGAAUUUCAUCGGGCUCUGCGAGCAGCGAUGGCAGCAGCUGGAGCAACUGCGACACCAGGCGGAGGUGUACAUGUUGGCAACACUGGAAGAGGGACGUGUGUGGCUGCAAGAGGUCAGGCAGCGGCUCGAGGAGGUCUAUACGGCCUCCUUGUAA